CGCGGGCACCAAACAUGGUCCAACAUGGCGGACCAAACAAAGACAAGGAGAGAAGAACACGACGGCGUUUGUGCAAAGGCCCAGGAACUUCUUGCACGGUACUCCAGUACUGUGUUUGCAUUCGACACCUCUGGAGACACAAGAUAUAUUAGAUGUGACUUUCCGCAGUGCAAGCAACAUGCUGAGGCCUUGCAAGGGAAACGUUGCUGGCUUCUUAAUACCGUGAAGAAUGUAAAAGUUCUUGAGAGACAUGUUGGUAAAGAAGUCCAUGAUUAUAUGAAAGAAAAAGAUUCUGGAACGGACGAUCAAGUGGUCAGCCCUCAUUAUGUUGAAAGUCAAGGUCUUCUUGAAAAGCAACAGCUGCCAGAAGGAACUAGAAAGGUAUCACAUUUAUUUUUUUACAGUGUAUCCAUUCAAUAAUUAGCCUUUACCUAC